AUGAAAACAAUUGUCUAAACAAGUCCCGAGUGUGCAAAGCUGAACUCGUAAAUUAUGAAUUGGAAAGAGGCUAUCCCGUUUUAAAAGGACGAAGGGAGGAGGGUAAAAUCUGCCAUGGUAACAGAGUCGAAUUGUAUGGUUGGGUGAAAGCUAUCCGCCUCGUGACGUUGUGCUGGCAGUGUGACUGGAAUGAGGAUUUGCUAAAUAGGGCUCUAGUGCCAGUCCGGGAGAGCAUGCAUAGCCUAGCUAUCUAAAGGAGCAAGAUAGGUAACGCCACUUGUUGAGUUGCAUGCAAAGGCAUUAUACAUUCGUGAGACAAUUUAGGAGCCGUAAUAAUUGUAGAUGUUGCUUCGAAUUCUUUGGAUGUCGAUUCUCAGUAAGCAGAAGCCUAUCAUCAACAGUUUUGAUACAAUUAACCUUGACGUGAAAUAAAUAAUUUUAGCAGCAGGGCUCAACUGCGUCCAACCACUAUCUUCAGGGCUUGCAGGCAGUUUAACUAAUUGCACAAGUGGUAGGGCCUACAGAUAAAGAGAGAAAAAAGGUGAGCAUGGGCUGGAGGGGCUGUCUAAGAAUCAAGUAAAUAGAAUUGGAGCUGCUGGAAGCACUUGUGGUGUGUCGUCGGUGACGUCACCGCCCUACAUUGAGCUUGAGCUGUGAGUUGUAGUGCGAGAUAGAUUGAGGCGCGCCGUAGUAAAGUACACAACUGCAAUGAACUUCUCAAUGUAACUUGGCUGUUUUAAGGCUGUUUGGCUAGAGGGAAAAUACACAAUUAUUCGCGAUUCCUUUUUUUCUACAGAAUAAAACUAAUCCCAGGGAGAUUUGGAGACUUUGGUAUCCACUUUUUCGAAAACCAUGUCGUCCGCGGCUGUAGCUGCUUCGAGGAGGCAGUCGUGUUAUUUGUGUGAUUUGCCCCGUAUGCCAUGGGCGAUGAUCUGGGAUUUUACCGAACCUGUUUGCAGGGGAUGUGUCAAUUACGAGGGAGCCGACCGGAUUGAGUUUGUAAUUGAGACUGCCCGACAGCUGAAGAGGGCUCAUGGCUUCCAGGACGGGAGAUCUCCCGGGCCAGGCAAACCUCAGCACUCGGGGAAGGAAAUUCAGUCCCACAACCAUUCGGCUGGAGACCCCGGCUCGCGUCCGCCUCAGCCUCUGGAUCGCUAUCCCCUCUCUGACCGACCGCCAAGGUUGGGACCGGAGUACCAACCGGGGAGGCAAGUUAACGGCAUCCCUGUGCCAAAUGGAUUUCCAAAACCCGACGACCCGCCGGAGCUGAACCGCCAGAGCCCCAACCCUCGCAGGACUAGCACGGUUCCUCCCAAUUUGGUGCCUUUAGUAAACGGAAACAUGGGUCCAGUACACGCACUCAAUGGUCGGCCCGCUCAAAUGGGUAUGCCGGGCGCAUUGAAUGUUCCUGGUCAAGGCGACCACGGCAAGCGCGGGGAGGAUAUGAAAGACAAGCAUAGACCGGAUAGCAUGUCGGACAUGUCGGAGAGCCACAAGCGGGCGGAGGAGUGGAUGGGCAAAGGCAAAACAGUGAGGGAUUUGAUGGCUCUCCACACAUUCGACAGCAGGUUCAAGAAAGACCACGCGGCGAUGCAGCGCGUUAUGGGAUAUGAGUCAAUUGCAACUUCUUCAAAACCAGACCGAGGGAAGCACCCACGGAGCAUGAAGAGGAAAGCCUCCCCUGAGCCGGAUGGCGAGGGCUCCGCCCCCAAGAUGAACGGCGGCGAGGGCCAGCCGUGGUUGCCGUCUCCCUCAGAGGUCCUCAAGAUGCCCCCGACCUCCCUGCCAGGCUUCUCUGCCGUUCCGCCCUCCACCAUCUCCCCCCACAGUCGCACCACCCCACCGGAGGCGGCCACGGCACAGAACGGCCAGUCACCCAUGGCAGCACUCAUCCUCGCCGCCGACAAUGCCGGCAACACUGGCUCACCCAAGGAUGCCAACCAGGUGCACUCCACCACGGCAGCGGGUCGGCGCAACAGCGGGAGCCCACUGUCCCCGUCCUCUGCAGGCCAGCGGCGGCUGACCCAGAGGGAGGUGGUGGCCACGGCCCACUCGCAGGGCAUGGACCCUCACGGGGCUCUGCCGCAGAGCAUUCCAGACUCGUCGGUGCCGGGCAGCGUGCCACUGUGCUGCACACUGUGCCACGAGAGGCUGGAGGACACGCACUUUGUCCAGUGCCCAUCUGUGCCCUCGCACAAGUUCUGCUUCCCUUGCUCUCGGGAGAGUAUCAAACAGCAGGGAGCCACGGGAGAGGUGUACUGCCCCAGCGGGGAGAAAUGCCCACUGGUGGGCUCCAACGUACCAUGGGCCUUCAUGCAGGGUGAAAUAGCCACCAUCUUGGCAGGGGACGUGAAAGUAAAAAAGGAGAGAGACCCUUGAUUUUUACCAGCUUUUUUUUUUUUUUUUUUAUUAUUAUUUUUUUUUUACUAUCACAACAAACAAACAACCAACAUGUACACCAUUACAAAUGAAUAUAAAUCCUCGUACCAUGCAUACCAUUCAAGAGAAACUGAUGGACAUGUACAUAUUGGACACAAGGGAAGUUGUAUACUUCGUAAACAUGGCUGUAUAAUUUUUUUGAUUUUUGUUUUUCAAUACAUUGUGUUUCUAUAUAUUUUUUUGAAGAUAAAGGUAUGUACUCAUCAUAACAGACUACUUUCCUCUUCCCUCUUUUUUUCGACGUCCUAUCAAUGUACUAUUUAGUUCUGGUGGCAGUCCCUGUUAAACAUAGAAUGUGACUAACUAAUAUGACUCUACGAGCACUUGGCAAACUGAAUUGCUUCUAGCUGUACUUGUAUGCACUUGUUUAAAAAAAACUUGCCAAAUACAAUUUCUGACCUUGUAAUAAUAA